GGGGAUUUGUGGAGGGGCGGGAGAUAUUCCGUGGGGCGGAGUUGUGGCAGUUGAGACCCUCCAGGAAGGGGAAAUCAGCGUGGUCAGAUUCCCGGGCAAAGGCCAGACUGGUGCCUGGAGAGGACAAAGAGGCUUGGUGUCCUUUGAGGAGGUGACUGCCUGUCUGUCCAAGGAGGAGCGGACUCUGCUGGAUCCAGGCCAAAGGGCUCUGUAGAAAGACACCUUGCUGCAGAUCUGUGGGAAUGUGACUUCUCUGGGUGAAAGGCUGGAAAAAAGCAUUAUAUGGAUCGCUUUGUGGUGUCUUUGGAAACAAGCAAGCACAGAGUGGGAAAAGAGACAUCUGGGAAUAGAAGUGACUUAAAAGGCAGAAGGAAAAUCAAUGAAAAAGGAAAUCCUGUACUUUGCAGGGCGCUGUUAUCGAUGAACUCUGGAUCCCAUAGGAAGAUCACAAAGGGAAAAGAAAAGGAAAGUGUUCAGUGUCGGAGAAAAUAUUAAAAAGUAAGCCAAAGUAAAAUUGCGGCACCUACAGAGGGGAAAAACUAUAUCAAUGCAUGGAAUGUGAAAAGUGUUUCAGACUCUCACCAGCUUACUUCACAUGAAAGAACCCAUAUAGAACAGAAAGCACAUGAGUACCUGGAAUGUGGAAAGAGGUUCAGCAUGACCUCUCACCUUACUUUACAUCAAAGAACUCAGACGGGGAGAAAUGAUAUGAAUGCAUGAGUGUGGGAAAAGCUCCAGUCAGAAGGGCCACCUUACUCAACAUAAAUGUGUGCAUGCAGAGGAGAAACUGCAUGAAUACCUGUAGUGUGGAAAGUCCAUCCGUAUAAGAACUCAGCUUACUUUAUAUCAAAGAGCCCAUACAGGGAAGAAAACGUAUAUAUGUACUGAAUGUGGAAAGAGCAUCACCAUGAGAAAUAAGCUUACUUUACAUCAAAGAAUCCACACAGGAGAGAAACUAUAUAAAUGCAUAGAGUGUGGGGAAAACUUCAGUGGUAGAAGUGUUCUAACUGUACAUCAAAGAAUCCACACAGGAGAAAAACCCUAUAAAUGUGGAGAGUGUGGAAUGAGCUUCAGUCAGAGGCAUCACCUUACUUCGCAUCACAGAACCCACACAGGGGAGAAGCCAUAUAAAUGCAUAGAGUGUGGCAAGAGCUUCAGUCAGAGGCAUCACCUUACUUCACAUCACAGAACUCACACAGGGGAGAAGCCAUAUAAAUGCAUAGAGUGUGGAAAAAGUUUCAGUUGGAGCCACAGCCUUACUUCGCAUCACAGAACCCACACAGGGAAGAAGCCAUAUAAGUGUCUGGAGUGUGGAAAGAGUUUCAGUCGUAGUGAAAGCCUAGCAUCCCAUCAAAGAACCCAUACAGGGGAGAAACCAUAUAAGUGUCUGGAGUGUGGAAAGUGUUUCAGUCAUAGUAGAAGCUUUUCUUUACAUCAAAGAACCCACACAGGAGAGAAACCAUAUAAAUGCAUAGAGUGUGGAAAAUGUUUCAGUCAGAGCUCACACCUUUCUUCACAUCACAGAACCCACACAGGGGAGAAGCCAUAUAAGUGUCUGGAGUGUGGAAAGUGUUUCAGCUGUAGUCGAAACCUUACUUUACAUCAGAGAAACCACACAGGAGAGAAACCGUAUAAAUGCAUGGAGUGUGGAAAAAGUUUCAGUUGGAGCCAAAGCCUUACUUCGCAUCACAGAACCCACACAGGGGAGAAGCCAUAUAAGUGUCUGGAGUGUGGAAAGAGUUUCAGUCGUAGUGAAAGCCUUACUUCGCAUCAUAGAACCCACAAAGGAGAGAAGCCAUACAAGUGUCUGGAGUGUGGAAAGUGUUUCAGCUGUAGUCGAAACCUUACUUUACAUCAAAGAACCCACACAGGAGAGAAACCAUAUGAAUGCAUGGAAUGUAGAAAGAGGUUCAGUGAUAGUAGAAACCUUUCCUCCCAUCAAAAAACCCACACAGGAGAGAAACCAUAUAAAUGCAUACAGUGUGAGAAAUGUUUUAGUCAGAGCCAACAGCUUACUUCACAUCACAGAACCCACUCAGGGGAGAAACCAUAUAAGUGUCUGGAGUGUGGAAAGAGUUUCAGCUGUAGUCGAAGCCUUACCUUACAUCAUAGAACCCACACAGGGAAGAAGCCAUAUAAGUGUCUGGAGUGUGGAAAAAGUUUCACUCGUAGUAAAAAUCUUACUUUACAUCAAAGAACCCACACAGGAGAAAAACCAUAUAAAUGUACGGAAUGUGGAAAGACCUUUAGUGCGAGCUGCAAACUUACUUUGCAUCAAAGAACACACACAGGAGAGAAACCAUAUAAAUGCAUAGAGUGUGGAAAAUGUUUCAGUCAGAGCCAACACCUUACUUCACAUCACAGAACCCACACAGGGGAGAAGCCAUAUAAGUGUCUGGAUUGUGGAAAAAGUUUCAGUUCUAGUCAAAGCCUAGGUUCCCAUCACAGAACCCAUACAGGAGAGAAGCCAUUUAAUUGUCUGGAAUGUGGAAAGAGUUUCAGUCACAGUAGUAGCCUUUCUUUACAUCAAAGAACCCACACAGGAGAGAAACCGUAUAAAUGCAUGGAGUGCGGAAAGAGUUUCAGUUGUAGUGGAAGCCUUUCCUCCCAUCAAAGAACCCACACAGGAGAGAAACCGUAGAAAUGCAUAGAGUGUGGAAAACGUUUCAGUCAGAGCCAACACCUUACUUCACAUCACAUAACCCACUCAGGAGAGAAGCCAUGCAUGUGUUUGGAGUGUGGCAACAGUUUCAGUCAUAGUGAAAGUUUUACUGUACAUCAAAGAAUCCACACAGGGAAGAAGAACGUAUGGAGUGUGGAAAAAGCUUCAGAUGUAGAGAUUUUACUAAACAUGAAAGAACCCACACAAAAGAAAAGCCACAUGAAUGCAUAUAGUGUGAAAAAAAGUUUCAGUCAGAGCCAACCCCUUACUUCAAAUCACAGAACCUACACGGGGGGAAACCCAUACAAGUGUCUGGAGUAUGGAAAGCGCUUCUGUCAUAGUCAGCAGCUAAAUUGACAUCAAAGAACCCACAGAGGGGCGAAACCAUAAAAAUGUCUUGAAUGUGGAAAGGUUCACUGUGAGCUCUAACCUUAAUUUGAACCGCCAGUAUCGUCUUACUGCACACCAAAGAACCCAGACAGGGAAGAAAGCAACAAUGCAUGGAGUGUGGAAUGAACUUCAGUCAUAGCAAAAGCAAAUGAAGUGGCUGCAUCAUGGCCCUGCUUUCAGACUAUGGCCUUGCAACAUUUUAUCUGCUCCUAAAAACGGUUGACAUGGAUGAUUUUGAACCCAACUUCCAGAGUAUUGAUUUCAGCAACAAGGAAACCAAAUUGAGAAUCAGCUAAUGUCUGGGAUAGGUGUGAUAGCUUCCCCUAGUUCUCCAUUAAUCCCUUGUACCCACUGCCAACCAAUUAAAUUCUCACCAAGACGCUUACUGUCAUGCCAUGCUCCUCCUCCCACUCUCUGAGGGAUCUUCUCUCUCCUCCAACAUAAACAGUAAGCAUGGUUCAUUCUUGAUUGGCCUGUUUGUCCUUCGUAACAAAAUGAAGAAGGAUGUUGCUGUCGGAUAUUAGCUUAUACAAUUUGGGCAGAUGCAAGUCAAUAAACCUUGACGUGGCUAACAUUACUACGUUGCAACCGUUCCUGGGACCUGCUGGUGAAGGACAGGUGGUGGUGGGAAGAAGAACAAGAAUAAGAAUAGGUCCUGUGAUCUUGUUGCCACAGUUGACUUCUGGGCUUGUUGCUGGGUUUGAUCAUUUUCUUUGUUUCAAGACAAUAAGGGAUGCUAAAAAAGAAUUUGAGGAGCACAUUGCUAAGAACAUAAAAACCAACAACAAAAAAUUCUAUAAAUACAUUCAAAGCAGGAGACCAUCUAGGGAGA